AUGGCCGACUCCGUGACGCCAGCUCCGGUGGAGCCCACCAUGAGCAAGAAGAAGCUCCAGGAAGCACAGCUGGAGAACCCUGUCAAGCCCAACAACAUUCCCGCCAUGGACGAGGCACAGGCCCUCGCCGUCGCACAGGCAGGCGGAUAUGAGAUCGACGCCCUGAUCAACGAGAUGGAGGCCGAGCUCGAGGCCGACGGUGGUCUCAAGACCGGCUUCUUCCACCUGCAAUUCACGGACCCAAGACAUUUCACAUGGGUCAUCGUCGCCUUCGCCUCCAUGGGUGGCUUGUUGUCGGGACUCGACCAGUCGCUCAUCUCGGGCGCCAACCUGUAUCUCCCCGUCGACCUCCACCUGACCACUGAGCAGAACAGUCUCGUCAACUCGGCCAUGCCUCUCGGUGCUGUCGGCGGUGCGUUGAUUCUCGGGCCUUGCAACGAGUGGUUCGGCAGGAAGAUGGCCAUCAUCAUCUCUACGAUUCUCUACACCAUCGGCGGUGCUCUCUCUGCUGGAGCAAUGAACUAUGGCAUGAUCAUUGCUGCUCGCGUCAUCCUCGGCUUUGGCGUCGGUCUCGAAGGUGGUACGGUCCCUGUCUACGUCGCCGAGACAGUCGAGCGCAAGAUUCGUGGCAACCUCGUGUCUCUAUACCAGUUCAACAUCGCCCUCGGCGAAGUCCUCGGCUACGCCGUCGCAGCCAUGUUCCUGCACGUCGACGGAAACUGGCGGUAUAUCCUCGGAUCCUCCCUUGUCUUCUCGACCAUCAUGGGCAUCGGCAUGCUCUUCCUUCCCGAGAGCCCGCGUUUCCUCAUGCACAAGGGCAAGGUGCUCGAGGCGUACAAGGUCUGGAAGCGCAUCCGCGGCAUCACCAACGCCGAGGCCAAGGAGGAGUUCUUCGUCAUGAAGGUCGGCGUCCAGCACGAGCAGACCGUCGUCUCCGAGAGCGCCACCAACAAGCGCUUCCCCUGGAUGGACUUCUUCACCGUUCCCCGUGCCCGCCGCGCCCUGGUCUACGCCAACAUCAUGAUCCUGCUCGGCCAGCUUACCGGAGUCAACGCCAUCAUGUACUACAUGUCCGUGCUGAUGCACCAGAUCGGCUUCGACGACGAGAAGGCCAACUACAUGUCCCUCGUCGGCGGCGGCUCCCUGCUGAUCGGCACCAUCCCCGCCAUCUUCCUCAUGGAGAAGUUCGGCCGUCGCUUCUGGGCCAACGUGAUGCUGCCCGGCUUCUUCAUCGGCCUCGUCAUCAUCGGCGCGUCCUACCAGAUCCAGAGCCUCAACGGCACCAUGGCCUGCUACCUGGUCGGUCUCGUCCUCUACAUGAGCUUCUUCGGAUGCUACGCCUGCCUGACGUGGGUCGUCCCCUCGGAGGUGUACCCCACCUACCUCCGGUCGUACGGCAUGACCACCUCGGACGCCCUGCUCUUCCUGGCCUCCUUCAUCGUCACGUACAACUUCUCGGCCAUGCAGCGCGCCAUGACCCAGACCGGCCUGACCCUGGGCUUCUACGGCGGCAUCGCCGCCGUCGGCUGGGUCUACCAGAUCCUCUUCAUGCCCGAGACCAAGGACAAGACCCUCGAGGAGAUCGACCUCAUCUUCCAGCGGCCCACGCGGGAGAUCGUCAACGAGAACAUCAAGAACACCACCAGGGCGUUUGCCCACUUCUUCGCGGGCCGGUGGACCCCGACCAGCCAGAAUGCUGCUGUCGCGGCCGAGGUGGAGGAGGAGAAGCUCGGCGAGAAGUCUUAG